AUAAAGGGAACUACCCGCCAAAUCCGGCUGCUUUUUGAUUUUGUUCCCCUGAUCCCCUUUUCCCGUCUAUUCUUUCUUUUCUGUUCGCGAGAAGGGAGGAAGGGUGACAAGAAAAGAAAAGGAAAGGAAAGCGAAAACAAUUCUUCUCCAUGGCGGAACCGAGGGCACAGAGGAGGAGAUGGGCGAUGGUUGUGUGAACCACGAGAACGACAACAGCUACAGUCAUCACAACAACAGCAACGAACCUGUGGCGGGAGGGAGCAGCAAGUGCCAGGCAGCAGUAGCUGGGGCAGCAGCAGCAGCAGCAGCAAGCAGCAACGGCAGUAGCAGGAGUGGGAACAAAAGCAGGAGUAGCACCAGAGGAGACGGAAUUGCAAAGGGAGCAGGAGCAGGAGCAGGAGCAGAGACCUUACCCACCCAUCCACCGACGACGACGACGACGAAACAAAACAAAAUACUAAUUCAGCAUUGCAUUAGAUUGCAUCUCCAGACGACGAUCCCGGGAUGGUGGUGGUGGUGAAAGAAUUGAAUGUGAAUGUGAAUGUGAAAAUCUCCCAAACAAACAAA